CAAAAUGGCGCCAAGCAUAAGUUUGGAUGACUUGAUCCUAACUUUAUAUGAUGUUCAAGCCAUCAAAUUCGGCUCUUUUAUUUUAAAAAGCGGCAUAGAAUCACCUGUGUACUUUGAUCUUCGUGUGAUUGUCUCACACCCAAAAUUGCUCCAAGAAGUAGCUGAACAUAUGUGGCAUGAGGCGUCAACGUUGAAAUUAAAUUUUGUUUCCGUGUGUGGUGUACCGUACACGGCACUACCUAUUGCCACGGUCGUCUGCGUGAAUCACGGCAUCCCGAUGCUGAUACGCCGCAAGGAGGCGAAGGAUUACGGCACGAAGAAGAUCAUCGAGGGCCAGUACCAGCCGGGCGAUCAGUGUCUCAUCAUCGAGGACGUGGUGACGAGCGGGACCAGCGUCCGCGAGACGGCCGAC